CGGGCCCUUACCUUCUCACUGCGAGCGCCGAUUGCGACCCAGAAGGACGGGACGGCGAGCAUGCUGACGAGCCAGAGUGCGCUUUUGGGCCGCCGGCGGGCCGACUCGACGCUGCCCACCCCGGACAGUCGGUUGUCAGCGGCCUCCGAUACUUCCACUGCAGAACACCUGGGCCUCCUCUGAAACAGACACGCCGCUCCGAACGCAUUUUGAAUCACAAGCAUGGAAGAAAACCUCAACGACACGAUGGGUGAGGCGAGCGCCUCGACGGCUGCGACGCCGAUGUCGGCGCCGGAAGGCGGGUGCUCGGCCAACGUGAGCGGCCUGGUGUUCCACCGGUCGACAAUGUUGGGCGGCGUGGAGCUGGCGGUACCCGAGCUGGAGGCGGUGUUCACGCUGCUGGUGCUGGGUGCCAUCAUCGUGCUUACCAUCGUGGGCAACGUGCUGGUCAUCCUGAGCGUGUUCACGCACAAACCGCUGCGAAUCGUGCAGAACUUCUUCAUCGUGUCGCUGGCGGUGGCCGACCUGACGGUGGCGGUGCUCGUGCUGCCGCUGAACGUGGCGUACUCGCUGCUGGGCCGCUGGCACCUCGGCAUCACCGUGUGCAAGAUGUGGCUGACGUCAGACGUGCUGUGCUGCACGGCCAGCAUCCUCAACCUGUGCGCCAUCGCGCUCGAUCGCUACUGGGCCAUCACCGACCCGAUCAACUACGCGUGCAAGCGCACGCUGCGUCGAGUGCUGGUCAUGAUCGGCGGCGUGUGGCUCAUGUCGUUGCUCAUCAGCUCGCCACCGCUGGCCGGCUGGAACGACUGGCCGCACCCCAACGAGUUCAACUCGUCCACGCCGUGUCAGCUGACCUCGGAGAAGGGCUACGUCAUUUACUCGUCGCUCGGCUCCUUCUUCAUCCCGCUGCUCAUCAUGACGCUCGUCUACGCCGAGAUCUUCGUGGCGACGCGGCGCCGCCUGCGCGAGCGGGCCAACGCGUCCAAGCUGAACGCCGUGCUGUCGUCGCACCCGGCGGCGGCGGCGGUGACGCCGCAGCUGCCCAAGGACGCGCCGGCACCGCCCGUGCCCGCCAAAGAUCCCGAGUCGAGCGGCGAGAACCAGGCCAACGGCGAGCGGCGCAAGCGGCGCCGCCGGAAGCGCGGUUCCGUCGAGCGGGCGCGGCGCUCCAACACGGCCGCCUCGUCCACCGACGACAUCUCGGCCAUCGGCGUCGACGGCGACUCGGGCGUGGUGCCGAUCGUGGCGCCGGCGGUGGCGCCGCCCACGCGCAAGAACACGGUGCACCAGUUCGUGGAGGAGCGGCAGCGCAUCUCACUGUCCAAGGAGCGCCGCGCCGCACGCACUCUCGGCAUCAUCAUGGGAGUGUUCGUCGUGUGCUGGCUGCCCUUCUUCCUCAUGUACGUCAUCUUGCCGUUUUGCACCUCGUGCUGCCCCAGCGACAAGCUCAUCAGCUUCGUCACCUGGCUCGGCUACCUCAACUCGGCGCUCAACCCCAUCAUCUACACCAUCUUCAACCUCGACUUCCGCAGGGCGUUUAAAAAGCUGCUGCGGCUCAAGUCUCUCAAGUGUUGAUUCCCGUUCCGUUCCGCCCCGAAAGACUGCUGGUGCGACGAAGCACGUGCUCAACGGCGGCCGACCCGCUCCGAACCCCUGAGCCUCUUUGGAGCGGGCUGGCCGCGUCUCUUGCUCCAAUCGACACUUGUUGGCUCUCGUCGUCGACCGGAUCCAGUGCGGACAGAGACGCAAACUAAUCGAAUUUGAACAAUCGCAUGUAGACUAUGUUUGCCGUUCGAAUUUAUUCUCGUUGCCAACUUUCUUUCGUUCAAGGACGUGUGUGUUACUCAUGGCUGUUGCAUAGACCGACGAAUUAAAGUUACUUAUUGUCCCCUGAA